UGUAAGGGAAGGCAAUUAAACCACUACUAUUUUUCAUUUCCUUUUGAGGCAGUUAUAUCACCAGCUGCAGUGCUGAGCACCAGAAUCAGUCUAUUUCCUUUCAGCAUGGGCAACUGGGUGGUAAACGAGGGACUUUCCAUCUUAGUCAUUUUGGUAUGGCUUGGGAUCAAUAUAUUCCUCUUCAUAUAUUAUUAUAUAGUCUACCUAAAUGAACGGUUCUACUACACAAGAGUCCUGGUUGGAGAUGCCUUAUCCUGGGCCCGGGCUCCGGCAGCCUGUCUGAAUUUCAACUGCAUGCUUAUCCUCCUACCAGUCUGCAGAAAUUUGCUGUCCUUCCUCAGAGGGUCUUGUCAAUGCUGCAGUCGGAGUAUUACAAGACAGCUGGAUAGAAACAUCACCUUUCACAAACUGGUUGCUUACAUGAUAGCCUUUCACACUGCUAUACACAUUAUAGCGCAUUUAUUUAACUUUGAGAGGUUCAUGGAUGCCCAGUUGGAACAAAAUGAAACUAUUGCAUAUGUGCUUUCACAGAUUGGCAGUGGAGAUAAUAGGCCCUAUUUAAACCCCAUAAGAACAAAAGAAACAAAUCCAACACUUGUGGUUUUCACAACCGUGGCUGGUCUAAGUGGAGUUGCCAUUACUUUAGCUUUAAUCUUAAUUAUUACGUCAUCCAUGGAGGUCAUCCGGAGGUCUUACUUUGAGGUCUUCUGGUUUACCCAUCAUCUCUUUGUCAUCUUUUUCAUUGGGCUGGUCAUUCAUGGAGUCGGGGAAAUAAUACGUGGCCAAACUGCAAUAAGCGUUCUUCUAAACAAACCAAGCGACUGUGCAGCUCAAUAUAAAAACUGGGGGAAGGUCCCUGAAUGUCCCAUACCUGAGUUCACAGGAAACCCUCCAAUGACAUGGAAGUGGGUGAUUGGCCCCAUGGUUUUGUACGUGUUUGAAAGGUUGGUGAGAUUCUGGCGCUCAAAACAGAAAGUUGUCAUCACAAAGGUGGUUACUCAUCCUUCCAAAACACUUGAGCUGCAGAUGAAGAAGAAGGGGUUCAAGAUGGAGGUUGGCCAGUAUGUUAACCUUCAGUGCCCCUCUGUCUCCCCGCUGGAGUGGCACCCCUUCACCCUGACGUCUGCCCCGGAAGAAGAUCACUUCAGUGUUCACAUCCGAAUCGUUGGCGACUGGACACAGCAGCUGUUUGAGGCUUGUGGGGGUGAAAAAAAGGAGUUCCAAGAAGCAUGGAAGCUGCCAAAAAUGGCUGUUGAUGGACCCUUUGGUACGGCCAGUGAGGAUGUGUUUCGAUAUGAAGUGGUCAUGCUUGUGGGGGCUGGUAUCGGAGUCACUCCAUUUGCUUCUGUCCUCAAGUCGGUCUGGUACAGAUACUUCAACAACGACACCAGUUUAAUACCUAAAAAGAUCUACUUCUACUGGCUGUGCAGAGAGACCAGUGCAUUUGAGUGGUUUGCUGAUCUACUGCAGUCCCUAGAGACUCAGAUGCUGGAGAGGGGCAACGCAGACUUCCUAAGCUACAGAAUCUAUCUGACUGGCUGGGAUGAGGCUCAGGCCGUUCACUUUACUGUCCAUCACGAAGAAGAGAAUGAUCCGAUAACAGGACUCAAGCAGAAAACGCUUUACGGCCGACCCAACUGGGAGAACGAAUUCAAAACCAUUGCAGGCAACCAUCCAGGUACCAGGAUUGGAGUGUUUCUGUGUGGCCCUGAGGUUCUUGCAAAAUCCUUGAGCAAGCAGAGCAUCAACCACUCAGAUGCCGACCCACGAGGAGUGCACUUCAUCUUCAACAAGGAGAACUUCUAACAGCUGCCCGAUCUAGGAGGUGGAGUGGGAGAGUGGGUCCUCUACUUGCUUUGGUUCUUAAAUAUUCAGCCUGUUCAACUGUGAGCUGCUGCCUACAGCAAACAUGCUGGCAGUGACCAACAUGGUGCAUUGCUUGUACAGAUAAUAGUGUGUUGAACCUGUUUCAUUGCAAGUGUAAUGCUAAUUAUCUGGGAAAGUGUGCAAACUGGUUUGAAGGAUGUUAUGGCAUAGUUUUGGACUGUAACACAAUAUGGUUUCCAAUGUUUAGCUUAUUUGGUUUGUCAAUGUUUAGUUAGUCUAAGCUUUUAUUUCAUUUCUAAAACCCAAACUUAAACUUGUGCUUUUAUCAGAAUGUUUUCUGUUGGGAUGCAAAGCUAUCACUGUAGCCCUACUAUUUGUGUAUGGCCUGCAUUGGUAAACUUGACAUAAAAGGCCACAUGUGUCUUUUUGUUUUAUUUUGUACUGUAUUUAAAUGUGGGUAGGUAUAGAUGAGCCUGAUGUUGACUUGUAUAAAUGUACUUAAAAAACUGACCAGGAAAACACGGAUAAUUCGUUGUUUAAAGUGUUUAAGUUGAAAUAGACUUUAAAUGACUGUGUAAAUCCACUUUCUAAAUCUUUAGAAUAAAGCAUUUAAACAGCAA